AUGAACAUGAUAGUGGAAGCUGUUGCCUGCUUUUUGGGAUUUUUGGGCUGGCUGAUGGCUGGUGUGGCCAUUCCAAAUCGAUACUGGAGGGAGUCUUCGUUUGAUGGUAAUGUUAUUACCAUGUCUUCCGUCUACGAGAAUCUCUGGAUAUCCUGCGCAACUGAUGCUACUGGAAUUCACAACUGCCGGGAUUUUCCAUCUCUGCUUACACUGAAUGGGUACGUUCAGGCCUCCCGGGCACUGAUGAUCACCUCCAUCGUGUUUGGGAUGUUCGGCCUCGCGGCCUGUCUUGUAGGAAUGCAGUGUUCUAAAAUAGGUGGAGAAAACUACGUUCUGAAGGGGAGGAUUGCAGCAGUCGGAGGAGUGUUCUUUAUACUUCAAGCAACAGUCUACAGCAACUGGGCGUUCGCUUUCACAGCUCCGGACAAACUCGUAGUAACGACAAAAACCGGAGAAAUCAUCCUCUGCCACUGUGAAGCGAAAGUGUACGACCACGAGCAGAUCCAGAGGAUUAGAUCUUCCAGAUCGGCUGACCUAACGGAGAUCAGCCCAGCAAGUCAUCCCGCUGUCCCGGCCCAGGAGGCCAGGACACCCAGAAAGCGAGCGGCGCCAGAUGAAGAUCAGGCGGAGCAAUCCACUUCGAACGCAGACCUGGACAACAUGACGGUGGUUGACUCCUGGGAGGGAGAACAGGAAGGCUAG